AUGUUCUUCCAGUUUAUCUGUGCUGUGGUGACCAGGUCUCUGUUUCUCCUGCUCUCCCUCAUAGGGGUGUGGAGGGUGGUGUGGGUGAAGGACCAUGGCCUCUACUGGCUCCUCACCGGCCUCUGCCUGCCUCUGGUGGUGGAGAUGAUCCUGACUCUGAAGAGGAGACGGGGAAAAGAUUACAAAUGGUUUUCUCCUGCUAUCUUCCUCUUUCUCGUCAGUAUCAUCCCGUCAUUAUGGAUUUUAGAGCUCCACCACCAAGAGAACAAGUCCACUGACUCCAGGUGUGAAAAACUGGACUCUACCGAAAAUAUUAAGAGUAUUUUUAAACUUCAGACCUCAGUUUGUGCUAACGACUGGAUCCUGGCUCUGCACCAAAUCCUGCUCAUCCUACUGAUCAUAGGGAAGUGGCUGCUGCCGGCCGCUGGAGAGCUGACCAGAGACCAGCUCUCCCAGUUACUGCUCAUCUUCGUGGGCACCGCCGCCGACAUACUGGAGUUCACCUCGGAAACACUGACUGACAUGAA